AGCUCUAUAUUAUAUCUCGACUAACUCAGUGUGAAAAGCUAUCAUGAAAUAGAAAUUUAAAUGCGUGAUUUUAUAGUUUCGAUGAAGUAAUUUAAAUUAAAACUCCAAGGCAUGAUAGGUAAAAACAUAAGUAUGGACUUUGUCGCAACGUCCGGCAGUAGACUCAGCCGAUAGCAUCGGACGGACGCGUCGUCCACGCUGAUGUUUUAAUUUUGGAAUUUGCUCUACACAUGUGUGUAUUACACUCGACGAAUCAAACGACGUGUUUACAUGAAGUGAUAUUAGAAGUAUUCUUUGUGUUUUACGUCUGCUUAAAAAAAGUUUACAAAAAUAGUGCAUCAGGAAGUUUUUUAAUGAAUUGAACGAGUUACGAACGAUAACGAUGAAUAUGGAAACGAAGGAAGAAUUAAACAAUAAGCCAUCGGACACCGAUCAUGACGCAUUGGAGGCAAUGUUCACGUACAUCGGUGAGAUGGGGCGCUACCAGAAGUUCCUGUUCGUCGCCAUGCUGCCGUUCGGGCUGUUCUUUGCUUACGUCUACUUCGUGCAGAUGUUCGUGGCCGCCACUCCGCAGCGCUACUGGUGCUACGUGCCAGAGCUCGCGCACUUGGAUUUAGACCUCAGACGGAAUCUUUCGGCACCUGGAGCCAUUGAUGGCGGGGAUUGGGAUCGAUGUUCGACGUUUCAAACCAACUGGAGUUUGGUUCUGGAGAACAUGGCACCACCCAGCAACGACACACCGAUCGCACCGUGCCAGCAUGGCUACGAUUUCGAACUUACUGACAUUCCGUAUCACACAGUAGUAAGCGAGCGCGGUUGGGUGUGCGAUAAAUCAAGCUACGCUCCUACGGCACAGUCGAUAUUUUUUGCGGGAUCUUUUGUGGGCGGGCUGCUGUUUGGGUGGUUAGCAGAUCGAUUUGGAAGAAUACCCGCGUUAGUUGGUUCCAAUAUGAUCGGGUUUGUAGGUGGAGUGGCAACUAUAUACACCACAGGGAUAGUAGACUUCACCAUAGCGAGAUUUCUGGUCGGCAUGGCAUAUGAUAGUUGUUUUAUGAUGAUAUAUAUUUUAAUUCUCGAAUACAUCGGCCCCCGGUACCGCACGCUGGCGGCGAACCUGUCGAUCGCGCUGUUCUUCGGCACGGGCUGCCUGUCGCUGCCGUGGAUAGCGCUGUGGCUGGCCGACUGGCGCGCGCUCUUGUGGAUCACCUCCGGGCCCAUGCUCAUCGUGCUGGCUAUUCCCUUCACGGUUCCAGAGAGUGUCCGAUGGCUCGUAUCUAGAGGUCGUACCAGUCGAGCGGUUCGAGUGUUCAAAACUUUUGAAAAAAUUAACCGCGUCCAAAUUCCACAAGAAGUGGUGGAUGAUUUUGUUAUAGCAUCCCGUCAAAAUGAAAAUGAGAAGCAUUCAGUGAGUGCCUUGUUUAGAAGCGCGCCGCUGCGGACGAUGCUCGCGCACAUGGUGGUGGUGUACAUGUGCUGCGCGCUGGUGUUCGACGGGCUGGUGCGCCUCUCCGAGUCGCUGGGGCUAGACUUCUUCCUCACCUUCACGCUCGCCUCCGCCACCGAGAUCCCCUCCGUCACCCUGUUGGCUCUUGUCAUGGACAGAUGGGGUCGGCGAAAUCUUACGGUGGUGCCCCUGGGAUUAUCUGGGUUAUUGAUAGGCAUUGCCGCAUUCUUACCUAAAGGAGUCCCGCAGACGACGGCGGCGGUGAUGGCGCGGUUCUUCAUCAACAUGUCGUACACGGCGGCCAUCCAGUGGGCCACGGAGCUGCUGCCCACGGGCGUGCGCGCCUCCGGCUCCUCGCUGGUGCACGUCAGCGGCUACAUAGCCACCGUCCUGUCGCCGUUCAUCGUCUACUCGGAACGUUAUUGGAGCUCGCUGCCACUGGUGGUGAUGAGCGUGCUGGCCGUGCUGGCCAUGGGCUGCGGGCUGAUGUUGCCCGAGACCAUGGGCCGCCCCAUGCCCCAGUCCAUCGCCGACGGCGAAGCGCUCGUUAGGAACUACACGCUGUGUGGAAAUGUAGAAGAAAUCGAAGAAGACGAAUUAAAGGAGAUAAACAAAACGAAGGAGCCCAUUAUGUAGCGAUGUUGUAAUACAUAGAUAUAUAUCUAUCAAAUAAGUAAAAAAAAUAGUACAGAUAUACACUAGAUAGAUAUGUACCUAUCUUAGUAAAACAUUAAAAUGGUUAUGGUAAGCUUUCCUCAAAAGAUAGAUGAAAGAUAUGUUACCGCGAAAUUUAUUGGUACUUAUACCAAUGAAUCAAAGAGAUAAUUUGACCUUGCGUUGUUGUUGCUAUAUCUCAAAAGGCGCGGGCAACACGUUAUCGAUCAAAUUCUCAGCCAGCGUAUUUCGUCACAUAACUAAUUACGUAAUUACCUAAACCUUCCUCAGGAAUCACUCUAAUCAUAAGUAAAAUCAGCAUUAAAACACAUUCAGUCCUGUUUGAGUUUAUCGCGAACAUACAAACAAACAGACAGGAGAAUGAUGAGGAGGGGGACUUUGUUUCAUACUGUGUAGUGAUACGGAUGACAGUGACUCCAAAAAUUUAACCACUUAAGUACCUAAGUAUGAUCAGUUUAGGAUAGGUGCCUAGGCACCUUCCUUAUUGGCUUGACAGAUUUUAUACUUAAUUUUAAACAUUAUUUCGCGCAAGUUUUACCGGCCUUGCAUUGUAUCGCUGUUAUGGUAUGAUUAUGAUUAUGACACUUUUGUCAUAGUCUGCCUUAUUACUUAGUUAUACAAAUUCUCGCCAUUAGGCAUUACGUUACUUAUUCACUUAUUAUUUGUGAUUUAUUAAUUAAGUAGUUUACUUACGUAAAUAUUAUGUAAACAACAAUGGGUAAUAUUUCACUAAAUAAUUAUUUGUCUCGAUAAGUACCUUUUGCUAACUGGUGAGACAAUAAAAUGCACUUUAAUUAUUUUCAAUUUGUAACGCCUUGCUCAAAUGUGGAACACCUUGCACAAUGCCUACUUACAUUGAAAUUAGAUGAGUAGGUUCAUUUAUUCAUAGAUAGAUAAUUCAUCAUUUCAAAUGUACGUAGGUACGCAUACGUAAUUAUGUGCAAUUACAGUGUUACAGUUUUUUAUGUAGGUAUUUAAGUACUAAAUAUGUUAGAAUUAAGUUGGUAACUAUUUAACUUACAUAAUUAAAACUCAAGGACUGUAAAAAGAAUGCAUUAUAAGAUGCUGCACAACGUUAAACUGUUCCUAAUUUGCUACAAAUGCCGAUAAUUAAUUUUAAGAGUUUUACAUUGUCUUAGGCAUAAUGAUGUUUUAGGUAUGCCGAUUUAAAGUAGAACAUCGUUAGUAACAUACGGUGACACUUGAAUGAGGUUGUGAUAUGUAUUUCUUAUAUGUGAAAAACAAUAUUUAACCUGUGUCUUACCCUAGUACUUAUUGUUAGCUGACAUUCCGAACCGGCCGUUGGGGCCUCCUGGGCUUGUUAGAGUUGACAAUGUGAUUAUGACAGUAGCAUAAUGCUGCUCACUAACUCACGAACAGACGAGAAUAGAACUCUCUUUAGGCUGUGAGCGUCAGGACCCCUGGACCACUACAGAUAUUUGAUGUUUAGUACAUACAAAAAUUUAGUACCUAUUUGAUACUAUUUGGUACCUGAGUACAUAUAUUUGGUACCUCCAAUGAUA